AUGGCGGUUCAAGCAGCUAUGAUCGCGGACACCAUCACCGCGAUGAAAAGGGCUCUUGAGCGCCAGCGUCUAGCCACCGGUGUCGAUGACCCCAUCACACAACCCACAAAUCGCGGUAACAAGCUCAAACUGAAUGCGCAAUAUGUCCAUGAAGGUGCUCUUGGUUGCAUGAACGGUGUGGAGUUCUAUAGAAAGAAAAUCAAUCAUGCUGGUUAUACAAGAGAUAUCCUGGAACGCAAUCCGCCCAAGUACGACUCCGAAGGCGAUGAGUUGGAUUUGGAAGAUGCCGAUGAACAUGCUGAUCCCGAAAUGGGGGAUGAAAAUCCGUUUGCUGAUAUACACCUUGAACAAACCCUCGCUCCUCUGAAACAUCCUUCCGAACUUGCGACCCACCCUUCAAUGUCCUUUCCGUAUACCUCAAGAAUGCUCCAUAAGAUGGCGGAAGAUGCCAAUGCGAAGCUUCGACAAGAGCAGAUAAUGCUCCACAAGGCCAAACGGCUGCACAGGGAACUCUUGGGCGACGCCCCAUGGAUGCCCUGUGGCUUUCUGGAGACCAUGGAGGAUAGGAAUAUAUUUGACGUGAAUUACGGAUUGAAUUCAUCGUCAAAGCAUGGUAAUGCGCGGGUUAAAUCGGGCCACUCCUCGCGUAGCGGAUCAGCUACACGUCAGAAGGAUAUCACAAAUUGCCUAUCGAAUAACAAGACAGUGAAUUCUGCUGUGAAUGGCGUGUCUCCGGAGCAGACAGCUGUCGAACAAGAUGUCGAGAUGUUGAAUGCUCCAGAGAAACCUUCGGAAAGCAAACGGACACCAGAACCGGAGAAGACCAUUGGGAAUGAAUCCCUCAGGCCAAAUGGACAGGCCGUAUCACCCCCGGAAUCUACGAACGGCGACAACCUAUCCAAACGCGGGACGGAUAAAGAUCGAUCGCCCAAACCACCCACCAAAGAAGAACCUUCAAGUACCAACGAGGAACCCACCAAUGGCGUCACAGGAGCCAACGCCCCUGCCACCAACGCGAUGACGUAA